AUGGACUCACUACCAGGAGCACAUGCAGACGACCACCAGUCUACAACACUUACGCCAACACCAACACCAACACCAGACACUCAGGCUCCCGAGCUCACUGCUUCGGGAAAGCCUAAGAAGAGGUUCGUCGGAAAGGCAAGGAGGCUUCAGCAAGAACGUGGAAGCAUAGACCCAACAACCAUUGAAGACUCCGCCAUCGCCAUUCGUGAUGGGUCCAAGAGUUCGAAUGGCCCCAGCAGACCAAGGGUUGCCAACCAGAUUCCUGAUGAUAUCUUGAAUGACGCUAAACUCAACCUGGCCAUUGAACAGCUCCCCGCCAACUACAGCUUCGAAAUCCACAAGACCGUUUGGAGUGUCCGCAAAGCUGAAGCCAAGAAAGUCGCGCUGCAGUUCCCAGAGGGUCUCUUGAUUUUCGCCUGCACCAUCUCAGACAUCUUGGAAAAGUUUUGCGGGGUCGAGACCUUGGUCAUGGGAGAUGUAACCUAUGGCGCCUGUUGUAUCGACGAUUUUACAGCCGUUGCCCUCGGGUGCGAUUUCAUGGUGCAUUAUGGCCACAGUUGUCUCGUGCCUGUGGAUAUUACAACAAUCAAGACGCUCUACGUCUUUGUGGACAUCGGGAUUGACGUUCAACAUUUCAUCGCCACCGUUCGCAAGAACUUCGAGAAAGGCUCCAAGCUGGUCUUGGUCGGCGUCAUUCAAUUUGUUCAAGCAAUUCAAUCGGCAAGGAGGGAGCUUGACAUUGACUAUAUCCUCAACGUCCCACAAGCCAAGCCCCUUUCACCGGCAGAGAUUUUGGGAUGCACAUCACCUCAACUUCCCAAGGAUGAAGACGCACUGAUAUUUGUGGGCGACGGUCGAUUCCAUUUGGAGUCCAUCAUGAUCCACAACCCCGACCUGGCAGCGUUCCGGUACGACCCCUACGACAAAAAGUUCACUAGAGAGAGAUAUGACCAUGCCGAUAUGCAUUCGCUCAGGAAGCAUGCAAUCGAAACAGCCAAGAAGGCGAAGCGGUUUGGGCUCAUCCUUGGUACUUUAGGUCGACAGGGCAGCACAUCUAUUCUUGAGCACAUGGAGUUAAAGUUGAAGGAGCGUGGCUGCGACUAUACCAUUAUUCUCCUGUCAGAGAUCUUUCCAGGAAAACUGGCGAUGUUUGAGGACAUGGACGCCUUUAUUCAGAUCGCUUGCCCUCGCCUGUCCAUCGAUUGGGGAUACGCAUUUUCAAAGCCCUUGCUGACACCUUACGAAGCAUCGGUUGUCUUUGAGUCCGUUGCCUGGCAGGAAGUUUAUCCUAUGGAUUUCUAUUCGAACGAUUCUUUGGGCCCCUGGACUGUGAAUCAUGGCAGAAACAUCCGCAGAAAGGCGGCAGGAGCGGUAGGCGCAGGAAAAUCUCUGUUGAAGAGCAAAGCCAAGACCGAUGGCGACGAGCUUUCAACAGGAACUGUGCCCCAAGGCACAGUGCAAUCAUGA